AUGACGGCACAACCUCAAUUUUCUCGUCCACCACAAUUCAAUGAACAAGCCCCUUCAUCGGUUAAAUUGAACAACAAAAAUUUAAAGAAUGAAUUAGCUAUAAAUUUAGCUGAAUCUACUGUGCUAUUCCGUGGAAAUCCACAAGAAGCUCCCGGUGUUUUUUUAAGAGGUGAUCUGAUUUUGAAUUUAAGCAAACCAACAAAUAUUAAAGGAAUUGAAAUGGAAUUUGUUGGAAAAACAAAAACCUUUUGGAUUUCAGACAACGUUAAACAGGAACGGAAUAUUCAUUCUGAAAAACGAGAAAUCAUAUCUCAUAAAUGGCAAUUCAUGACUCCUCACGUUUACGAAUCGUCAAUACAUGAACAUUCCCGCCGCAGUAUCCUCGGUAUAAACCAAUUAUCAUCUUCGUCUCAUGAUAAUACAAACAUGACCCCAGCAGGUAUAUAUACGUUUCCUUUCGAAAUUUUACUCUCAGGAAACCUUCCAGAAUCUAUCGACGCAGAUUUAGGUUAUGUACAAUAUCGACUAUCUGCACAAGCCCAUCGUCCAGGUUUAUUACCGAAAUUAUCAAAAGAAAUUGAUAUUGAGGUUAUUCGAGUUUUAUCUGAUGAUAUCGAUUCGGAAGGUAUAGCUUUGUCAAAAGAUUAUGAAGAUAUAUUGAACUAUGAGAUUUCAAUUCCAAAGAAAUCUUAUCCUCUUGGACAAGCUAUACCAAUAGAAAUUAAACUGAUUCCCUAUAUUAAAAAAUUAAAGAUUCAUGGAUUAACUAUUAAGCUUUUAGAAACUACCAUUUACAGUGCUCAAAAUGAAAAUUUCAAAUUAUCCAAAGUUGUGGCAACACUUGACGUUGAAAAUUUAGUUCAUAAUAAUCUAUUACAAUAUGUAGAUGAUGAUGAUGAUAUGGGAGAUACAAGUUACCAAAGUAAUUUUAAUUUCAUAUUACCUAAUUGUAAUAAUAAGGUUAAUUAUUCUUGUAAUACGCCUUUAAUUAAUGUGUCGCAUAUAUUGGAGUUCUUUAUUAUUGUCUCUUUACCAAAAAAUAAGACUAAAACAAAAUUACGAAUUGAAUGCGACAUUAAUCUGAUUUCUUGCUUGGCCGCUGGCCAAAAUUUUACUUUGCCAAAAUAUGAAGAAAAUUCAUUCUUCUGCCCUUGUAAUCCUGAAUAUCAACGAAUUGCAAGAUUAGUAUUAGGUAAUACUACAAGUGAAGAGUGUUGCCAUAGCAACAUAGGUGUAAAUGAGAAUUCUAUAUCAAUGCCAGCAAAGCAUUGUAAUUGUGAUAAUUGUGAAGACAGCUGUAAAUGUUUACCUCCAAAUUAUGAUGAAACAUAA